GAUGAGGAAAGAACAUGGAUAUCGCGCUUCGGUUGUCCACGUCACACCUUUCUCCUCUUCUCUUCUCCUCUCCAGUCCCACUCUGCAAAAGCCCCGCUUUUCCUUUCCAGAUCAACCGCCUCUCUCUCUCCCCGUUUCGCAUCCCCAUUCCCAAUCAAAAUCAACGCACCAGAUUCAACCCGGCUCCUGCUGCUGCUCUACCAGACUCCGCAGACAAGCAAAGCCUCGUGGGCCCCCCCGCCGAUGAUGCCGCCCGGGAUAAUUUCGACAAUUCAGGGGUGAUCAUAUCGGCGUGCUUGGUCGGUGUCUUUACGGGUCUCGGCGUCGUUUUAUUCAACAACGGCGUGCAUGAGAUUCGCGACUUCUUCUGGGACGGCAUUCCUUAUAGGGGUGCUUCAUGGUUACGAGAGGAGCCUCUCGACUCCGUCUGGAUACGUGUCAUUUUAGUGCCUGCAUGCGGCGGUUUAAUCGUCAGCGUCUUGAACGCUGCUCGAGACGCCGUUUCGAAAGCUAGUUAUAGUGCCAAAACUGCGUUGGGUUCUUUCUUGAAGACGGUAGCGGCUUGUGUCACUCUGGGGACUGGUAAUUCCUUAGGACCCGAAGGUCCAAGCGUCGAGAUUGGUUCGUCUAUUGCUAAAGAAAUUCAUUCUAUUUUGGAUAAAAAUCCUCAAACCAAGCUUUCUCUUUUGGCUGCUGGUUCAGCUGCUGGAAUUUCAUCUGGUUUCAAUGCGGCCGUUGCCGGUUGCUUUUUCGCUGUUGAGUCUGUUUUAUGGCCAUCAUCGCCGGCGGAUUCAUCGGUGUCUCUUACUAACACAACUUCUAUGGUUAUUCUCAGUGCGGUUAUAGCUUCUGUUGUCUCUGAAAUUGGUCUUGGUUCUGAACCUUCCUUUAAGGUUCCUGAAUAUGAUUUCAGGUCCGCUGGUGAACUUCCACUUUAUCUGUUGCUGGGUAUACUUUGUGGCUUGGUUUCAUUGACAUUUUCCAAAUUGACAUCUUACCUGUUGGGUGUUGUGGACAAUCUUAACAAGGAUGUUGGGAUACCAAAGCCCGUAUUUCCUGUAGUAGGGGGGCUAACUGUGGGUGUAACAGCCUUGGCAUAUCCUGAAAUUCUAUACUGGGGUUUUGAGAAUGUGGACAUUUUGUUAGAAUCUCGGCCGUUCGUUAAAGGUCUUUCAGGUGAUCUCUUGUUUCAGCUGGUGGCAGUCAAGAUUAUUGCAACCUCUUUGUGCCGAGCCUCUGGGUUAGUAGGAGGGUAUUAUGCCCCAUCCCUUUUUAUUGGUGCAGCAACUGGAAUGGCAUAUGGGAAAUUCAUUAGUUUUGCAAUUGCUCAGUCUAAUCCAGCUAUUCACCUUUCCAUCUUGGAAGUGGCAUCACCACAAGCAUAUGGCCUGGUUGGCAUGGCUGCUACCCUUGCAGGGGUCUGUCAGGUACCUCUUACUGCGGUUCUGCUUCUUUUUGAACUGACGCAAGAUUAUCGGAUUGUUUUACCUUUACUAGGAGCUGUUGGAUUCUCUUCAUGGAUUACAUCUGGAUGGAUGAUAAGAAAGGAUGUCAAAGGGAAAAAAGCACUCAAAGAUGGAAACACUCGUACAAAUCAACGGCCCAAAGCAUCAGACGGUGCUACUGGUCUAUCUUCUACUGAUGCACCACCUGAGACAGAACCUUAUUUGAAUAACCUUUGUGAAGUUGAAAGCUCACUUUGCAUUGAUGAUUCCAGUAUUAGGACCAAGGAGUUAGAGAAGAGAAUUUUUGUUUCAGAAGCCAUGAGGACAAGAUAUGUGACAGUUAUGAUGAGUACUUUACUUACAGAAGCUGUGACUCUUAUGCUUGUGGAGAAGCAAUCUUGUGCAAUCAUUGUUGAUGAUGACAACCUUUUAAUGGGUUUAUUGACGCUUACAGAUAUUCAUGAGUUCAGCAAAUUGGUGAAAGAAAAAUGCUUAGAAUCCAAGGAGCUUUUGGUAUCGGAAAUUUGUUCAUUGGAUAGUGCAAAAUGUAAAGUGCCAUGGACAGCUACACCAGCUAUGGAUCUUCUAUCUGCGGAGAUUAUCAUGACUAAACAUGGUUUGAGUCAAGUUCCAGUUAUAUCCAAGCAUGUCAAAGACUGCCGAGGACAGCCAGUUGGCCUUCUGGACAGAGAAUGUAUCAGUCUAACUUGCAGAGCAUUAGCUACAAGAGAAUCUCUUGAUUUUGACAUGGUAAAGAGAAUUAUGGAAUGAGGAUGAAGCCUGCCAUUACACAUGAUAUAAGAUGAGAAAAUAAUUGACAUGACAGGUUUUGUACUGUGAUUUCCAUUUUUGAUGACCCUACCCAUUUAAGCCCAAUCAAAGGUAAUUUGGCUAUGCAUGGACCAAGCCUCUUUGUUAAAGAGCCUCAUCAGUGGCAGGGAAGCUACAUUGCCCCAAAGAACCAUUGGGAGCUGAGAAUUUUGGUCCCAACUGUGCUGUGCAUGGAACAACUGAAGGGCUAUUUUAUACUUCUUUUCUUUCAAGCAGGGAGAAUACUAGCUUGCAUAGCUACCUUGGGAUGUUCAGGGCUGCUCAACUGUUCACGGUUGAACAGCCCUGAACGUUGAAGAUUUGGAAAGCUGGUGCCACAGACAAGAACAGGAAAAAUAGAAUUGUUCAAAUAGGUGUGUCACACCAGGUGUCAUAGUUUUGUUCCAAAGUUUUGAUUCUUAUAUAUAGCUCUUCACUUGUGAUUUCUCUACACUAGCCAGACUUCAUAAAGGUAGGUACUCCAACAGGUAUACAUUUUGUCUUGCUUUUAAUAUCCUCUCAUGGGACUUACCAAAACUGGGGGUAGAUAUUCCAACAUGAUGUUCUAUGGCUGUACAAAUUGGAGCAAUUGAGAACCAAUCAAGCAUUCAAUUUUUGAGACAAGUAUUGCUUUCAUUUUACUGCCUCCCAACAGCAGCAUUAUGAAUCCCUGUAAUGCACCAGACAUUCUCCUCUCCGAUCCUUUGUACAAAGCAUUUUAACACGAAUUCUAAUUCGGUUUUAUUAUCA